CUACCAUCACAACGACGACCUGCACCUGCGCGCCAGCGAGAGCAGCCCGCGAACGAAUUCACUACGCCUGCGAGAGCAUCCCGCGAAAGCACACACUUCGCUCGGCAUCCCGCGAAAGCACACACUUCGCUCGGCAUCCCGCGAAAGCACACACUUCGCUCGGCAUCCACCGCGCUCGGCAUCCACCGCGCUCGCGCUCCUCGCGCACCGCUGGCAUCCAUCGAGAGACGCUCGCGUGCGUGCUCUCGCUCCCCUUUGCUUUGACGCCGGCAGCAGACGUUUGCCAAUACGAGACGAGCGACGGGUCAAGCGACGGGUCAAGCCAGGACACGCGCGAGGCGAGGCGAUCCGAUUCGACUCUCGCUGCGGUACACCGCGCCAUACCACGCAUAUACACACCACGCAUACACACACGACGCGCACACAGGACGAGAUGGAAGGGGGAACGACGGCACCACAGGAUGCUUCCGCUCCUUGGAAGUUUGCCCAGUGCUUUGGUGACAAGGGAGAGGUGGAAGAUAUCACAGAGGCCGACAUCAUCUCGACUGUCGAGUUUGAUCAUACCGGCGACUAUCUCGCGACCGGAGACAAGGGCGGCAGAGUGGUGCUGUUUGAGCGAAACGAUUCCAAAAAGGGCUGCGAGUACAAAUUCCACACCGAAUUUCAAUCUCACGAACCCGAAUUCGACUAUCUGAAAUCGUUGGAGAUUGAGGAAAAGAUCAACAAGAUUCGGUGGUGCAGGCGUCAAAAUGCCGCCCACUUUUUGCUAUCCACGAAUGACAAGACGAUCAAGCUGUGGAAAGUAUUCGAAAAGAGCUUAAAAGUGGUGGCAGAGAAUAACCUGUCUGGCGAUCGAUUUCAGAGCGCGCAUGCAGCAGCGACCUCUUCAUCAUCCUUGCACCCAUCGCUCGCCCCGACGCCCACACCUCUGGUGGGCAGCGGAGCCAACUUGAGGAUGCCGACAUUGACGCACCACGAUACCAUCGUCGCUGCAGUGCCGAGGAAAAUUUACGCCAAUGCGCACGCAUACCACAUCAACUCCAUCAGCGUUAAUUCGGAUGGAGAGACGUACAUUUCAGCAGACGAUUUGCGCGUCAAUCUGUGGAACCUCAACAUUUCCGAUCAGAGCUUUAACAUUGUCGAUAUCAAGCCGGUAAACAUGGAGGAACUGACAGAAGUCAUCACCGCCGCAGAAUUCCAUCCCAUCAAUUGCAACCACUUCGUCUACUCUAGUUCCAAGGGGACCAUCAAGCUGGCAGACAUGCGGGAUUCGGCACUGUGCGAUCAGCACGCCAAGCACUUUGAGGAGGAAGAGGACCCAUCGAACAAGUCCUUUUUUAGCGAAAUCAUUAGCAGCAUUUCGGAUGUCAAGUUUAGCAGGGACGGGCGGUAUAUCUUGUCGCGGGAUUACCUCACGUUGAAGCUUUGGGAUGUGAAUAUGGACAGUCGGCCGGUCAAGACGAUACCCAUUCACGAUCACUUGCGGAGCAAGCUGUGCGAUUUGUACGAAAACGAUUGCAUCUUUGACAAGUUUGAAGCGCUGUGGGGACCGGACGGCAAAAAGGUCUUGACGGGAAGCUACAACAAUUAUUUCCACAUUUUCGACAAGGAGGAGGAGCAGGAUGUGGUGCUGCAGGCGGAUAAGAGCGCCUUUAAGAACAAAAAGGCUGCUGGAAACAAGAAAAAGGGAGGGGCGGCGGCGGGGAAUGGGGCGGCGCCUGGUGUGCCUGGUGCGGUCAGCCAGGUCAAUGUGGACAAUGUCGACUUUAACAAGAAGAUCCUGCACGCCAGCUUCCAUCCGAGGGAGAAUACGAUUGCGAUUGCAGCUACGAACAAUCUCUUCAUCUUUUCGGCAGCAUCAUCAGGCUAGAAGGCAACUGCUCCCCUCCCCACCACAUUCCCGCUUUCGGCCCUCGUGUAUCGCAUCGCCUGUAGAGAAUGAAAGACAUGUUGGGGAAG